AUGACCGGAAACGGAGAAACCAACCAGUACUCCACGGAGGUUGGUGCCGUUCGAUCUCUCCAAGAGACUCCCACUUGGGCUCUGGCCACCGUUUGUUUCUUCUUCAUCGCCGUUUCCAUUUGCAUAGAGCGUCUCAUCAAUCUUCUCUCCAAUAGACUUAAGAAAAAUAGAAAUACAUCACUACUCGAAGCUGUGGAGAAAUUUAAAUCUGUUCUAAUGGUGUUUGGAUUCAUGUCACUUAUGCUAAAUGUGAUUGAAAGAGAAGUUUCAAAGAUAUGCAUUCCAACAAAGUACGCGAAUCGAAUGUUGCCUUGCGGUGGAACAAAAGCAUUACUUGGUGAUGAAGAUGAUGAUGAUCAUGACAACAUAUUAUCUCAUCAUUGCUCCAAGGGGAAGACGCCACUAAUAUCGCCAGAGGGGUUGACUCAGUUGAGUUUCUUCUUCUUUGUGUUGGCAUGUAUGCAUAUUUUUUACAAUCUUGCCACUCUUCUUCUUGGAAUGGCCAAGAUGAGAAGAUGGGAAUCGUGGGAGAAGGAGACCCAAACGGUGGACUAUUUAACAGCAAACGAUCCUAAUAGGUUUAGAAUCACACGAGAAACCACAUUUGCUCGACGACACCUAAGUUCUUGGACUGAAACAUCGAUUCAACUUUGGACUAAAUGUUUCUUCAGGCAGUUUUUCAAAUCGGUUGCGAAAGUCGACUACCUCACACUCCGUCAUGGAUUUAUCUUUGCUCAUUUAUCGUCCAAUAAUUCUUUCAACUUUCAAAAGUAUAUACAAAGAUCUUUACAUGAAGAUUUCAAAACUGUAGUUGAUAUCAGUCCUCUAAUGUGGCUAAUCGUGGUCAUCUUUAUGCUCCUCGACGUCCAGAGUUGGAGAGUAUAUUUUUGGAUGUCAUUUGUGCCACUAAUUAUGGUUCUAGUGUUAGGGACAAAACUAGAAGUGAUAGUGGCGAAAUUGGCAGUGGCAAUAAUGGAUAAUAACAGUGUGAUUAGAGGAACCCCUCUCGUUGAGCCAAACGACGAGCAUUUUUGGUUUUCCCAUCCUCGUUUCCUCUUAACCAUUCUACACUACACGCUGUUUAUGAACACCUUCGAGAUGGCAAAUUUUGUUUGGAUCACUUGGAAAUUUGGGAUUAACUCUUGUUACAAUGAACACCGAGAGCUCGUCCUCACACGACUCGUAAUAGCAUCAACAGUCCAAGUGUUGAGCAGCUACAUUACAUUGCCUCUUUAUGCACUUGUAACUCAGAUGGGGUCAAGCUACAAGAGAGCAAUCUUCGAAGAACAUAUAGCAAAUGUGUUAAGGCAAUGGCAUCGUAAGGUUAAAGACAAGAGGAAGAUAAAUCAAAAACCAGAAACCGCCAACAACAGUAACAAUAAUACCGGCGUUGUCGACUCUGGCGAGAGCCCGAAUCAGUCAGAAGUUGUUUCCGGUAGACAACCACCAAUAUUACAAGAGAUAUUGAUACAAAGCAAACAGCAAAAUGAUAGUAUUGAUGGAAAAUGA